AUGGCAGUGCUGGAUUUGGUUCGGGAUGCGUGCGUCAAGUCUUCGCUUUCCAAGCAAUGUACCCUAGUAGCUGUUUCGAAGACGAAACCUAAGGAGCUGAUUCAGGCUUGCUAUGCAGUCGGUCAACGACAUUUCGGCGAGAAUUAUGUCCAGGAACUGGAAGAGAAGUCGAUUGCUUUGCAGAACGAGUGUCUAGACAUAAAGUGGCAUUACAUUGGGAAAAUCCAAUCCAACAAAAUACCUAAGCUGUGCUCAAUACCGUCACUGUAUUGUGUGGAAACUAUUGAGUCUGCGAAACAUUGUGAUAUCUUCAAUAAGGAGAUGGAGAAGAGACAAAGUGUGCUGGAUGUUCUCGUACAGGUGAACACAAGUGAGGAACAGCAAAAAGGAGGCUUAUCGAUAGUAGAAGCCCCUGAUCUUGCUUGCUAUAUAGCAGAAAAUUGUGCUCACUUAAAUUUUGCGGGUUUCAUGACUAUUGGCUCUGUAGAAAACAGCCAUAUAGUUCCCAAUCCUGACUUCGAACGUCUGUAUAAAGUUAGAGAAACGUGGGCUAUUACUACAUCUCGACUACCAACUGAAGUUCACUUAUCUAUGGGAAUGUCUGAUGACUUCGAAACAGCCAUCGCACAAGGAAGCACUAGUGUUCGUGUAGGAAGCAAAAUUUUCGGACCCAGGCUUUGCCAAUAA